UCAAACGGGAAACAAGAUGGCGGCGGCAGGUCCGAGUACUCGGGCUUCUUCCGCGGCGGCCACGGCAGCUUUGAGUCGGCGGGGCCGGCGGGGCCGCUGUGACGAGAUGGCGGCAGCGGAGACUGGGGCUCCGGGCCCAGCUUCUGACCCUGCUCCGUUGGUGUUGCAGCCGCCGUUGCUGCAGCCGUCCCCAGCGCCGCGGCCGGAGGAGUCGGGCUGCGCCGGGUGCCUGGAGACUCCGGGGGAAGCGGCGGCCCUGCCGUGCGGCCACUCGCUGUGCCGACGCUGCGCCCAACGCGCCGCCGACGCGGCGGGUUCGGGUUGCCCGCGCUGCCGCGCAAGACGCCCGGGAUGGGCCCGCCGUCGGGCCCGCGACGACUGCCAGGCCGACGCGGCGGUGCCGGGCGAGCGCGUCCGCCGCGGCCAGCCGAAGCGCUGCCGUCCGCGCCGGGACGGGGGCGCGGCUGCUGCGGGGUCGGGGUCGGAACUGGAGCCGCGCGCCGCGCCCGCCGAGCCAGAGUUUAUAUUUAGAGCACCAAUCAAAUUAAGCAAGCCUGGGGAACUUCGUGAGGAAUAUGAAAGCCUGAGAAAGUUGAGAGAAGAAAAGUUAGAAGAGGAGAAAACUUCAGAAGAUCAGAUCUACAAGCUGUUACCAGAGGAUACAGAAACAGGGAAAAAGAAAAUGGAUGAACAGAAAAAAAGAGAUGAGCCAUUAGCACUGAAAACAAAUCUGGAACAUUGUCCUGCACGUCUCUCAGAUUCAGAGAAUGAAGAACCUUCCCGAGGCAAGACAACACAAACACACCGUUCAGCAUUUGUCUCCAAGAACAAUUCCUACUCCUUAGCUUUCCUGACAGGAAACUUAAACCCCAAGAUAGAGAGGAGUCAGAGUUGCAAUGACACUGCUCAGGACAGAACAAAGAGCCGACUCAGAGCAACUCCAUCCAGCAAAGCCAAGGUCACAACUAUGACCCCAGCCUGUAACCCCAUCAUUGGCGUCCUCUUGUCCACUCAGAACAACCGCUGCCUCUCAGCCCCUGACUUAACCAUUGAAAAGCGUCUGCCUUUCAGCUCCCUGUCAUCGUUGGCUUCCCUCCAUAAACCGGAGCGCUCUAUCAGCCCUGAGAGCAACGACAGUAUCUCUGAAGAACUAAACCAUUUCAAGCCCAUUGUCUGCUCACCAUGCACUCCUCCCAAGAGACUCCCUGAUGGCCGUGUGCUAAGUCCCCUCAUCAUCAAAUCAACACCUCGCAACUUAAACAGAAGCCUGCAGAAGCAGACUUCUUAUGAGGCCAGUCCACGGAUCCUCAAAAAGUGGGAACAGAUCUUUCAGGAGCGGCAGAUCAAAAAGACCCUUUCAAAAGCCACCCUCACCUCCCUGGCUCCGGAAACAGGGGAAGACUUACUAGUCUCCGAGGUUAUUCAUUCGAGCAAGGAAAAGCCAAUUUUAGCUUUAAAUACAAGACUGUCCAGCGGGCAAGUACUCUCAGAGUAUACUGGGCCUACCCCCACUGACCUUGAAUAUUUUCCCUCCGUUAGCCAAACAAAAGCAAAACAGGAAAGUGAUAAUAAAAGGAGCAUUGAGGUCCCUUUGGAAACUUGCUGUUCCACAGAACUCAAAGGGGGAGCCAGUGGGAUUUCUUUGGAGAGGGAGCAGUUUGAGGGGUCAGAGUCAACCCCAGAUGCCAAGUUAGACAAACCCUGUAUAGGUACAGCCAUGAAAAUCUCAGCAGUUAAUUCAGUGCUACCCAAAAACAGUGUCAUAGGUGGGAUCCUCAAAACAAAGAAACAGCUGAAGACAUUGAAUCAUUUUGAUCUGCCUAAUGGUGUUCUUAUAGACAACCUGGUUGAGGAGCCACUUCCUUCCUUGCGUCGGGGCCGGAAAAGACACUGUAAGACCAAACACUUGGAACAAAAUGGUUCUGUUAAGAAACUGAGACAAACCAGUGGUGAGGUGGGUCUGGUCCCAACAGACCCAGUACUGCAAGAGAUGGAGCAGAAAUUGCAGCAAGAGGAAGAGGACCGGCAGCUGGCUGUGCAGUUGCAGCGCAUGUUUGACAAGGAGAGGCGGACUGUGAGUCGGCGGAAAGGAAGCGUGGAUCAGUAUCUCUUACGGUCCAGCAGCUUAGCUGGGGCCAAGUAGCACUUAAUGAACAGUGUUGUCUAUUUUUUGGAGGUCUGUGGACCUGAUCAUUUAUCCUGAAAAGCCGAGUCAUGUGGGUUUCUUUUAAUGGAAAAACACUGUCUAAUGUGGUUUUGAGAGGUUCCUGGGCCUUUGUAGUCAAUAUCCAAGAGAACUGCAUUGCUGCCCCUCUGUGACCCAGGCCAGAAGCACUUCUCAUCCCCAGAGGGACCCACCCCGGAGGGCUUCUGGACCCAAACUGGCAGCACCCAGUUGGAAUGAGAUUUGGGAUGGCCUCAUUCAGGAGCACAGUGGCCAGAGUUAGCAAUGGUAGAGGAAAGAGGGGAUACCUUCUCAAACUGAUAGACCUCCUGACUUCUUUCAGUAGGGCUUCGUUUUUAAUCAGCCUUGCAGAUAAAAAUUAAUUCCAUCAUUUUCAGAGGAAUGGAACAGUGUAGUUCUUUGGCAGAUCUAAAAUGAUAGAUUGUUAUGUUUCCCCUUCUCCUCCUGCCACAAGUAAAUAUACCCACCUAAAUUGGGUGAGCUUAUGCUUCUGCAAAAAUUAAUUUACAUUCUGUCUUUAAAAAAUAACCUUUGACUAAUGCUAUAUAGUUGACAGAGCACAUUCACAGUCGUUUAAUUCGGUCUUCCCAAGAGACCUACUAACAUGUAAGUGGUAUUAGUCCCAUUUUUAGAUAAAUGAACUUCCUGCAGUGCAGAUGUUCAAGUUCUCUCAACUACGAAGUGGCAUAAUGCAGUCUGACUACUGGGUCUCCUGACAACAAAUCCCAUGGAUUUCCCACACUAACAAAUUGCCCUAAUGGAUUGCACCUGAUGACUAUGCCAGGGUGACUAGAGAAAGCUGACUAGACAUUGAACACCAAUAGUGCAAAAUCCACAUGUAAAUAAUUGCUACUGACAGGAAGUAUACACAUGUACUGGGCAGUCAUCCCUCUGCCCAGUUUAUGGCCUUCUGUUUUCCUGGGGUUACAGCCUGUGAGACAGAGUACAAUCAGGCUUCAUUAUUACUCUCCACAUGGCCAAGGGUUAUCUGCAAUGUUGAUCUAAACUCCUAAAAAUUCACCCUGAAGUCAGGCAAAGAACAAUACUGAAACUCCAUACUAUGGAAACAAGGUAUCUAGCUGGAUGCAGCUGGUAAAUUCAGUCCCAUGGACCUUUGGGGUUUAUUUUCCUUAGCAGCUGACACCAUGUGUCUUUUGCAUCCCUGGUGGUGCUUGGUGCUUCUGCCCAUCUGGGCUCAUUGAGAAUAGGUAUUAAGGUAUGCUUUUAGGGAAUCUCAGAUGGGCUGGUAUUCCCUGUGCAUGUGUGAGCUGUUACUAUAAAGUUACGUGACUGACAUUCUAACAAACGUUACAGAGCUUAUAUAUCCCCAUGUAUGUUGUCCCCCCUUGAGUAAUCCCAGCAGGAUACUGCACAGUUUUUCCAAUGAUGUUGCCAUUGCCAAAAGCAUUUCUGGAACUGUGCUAAAAGUCUAGAAAUAUCUAGAAACAUAGACUCCUAAACUCUUAGAAUUGGGAGGGACCUUAAUGGUCAUUUAUUACAACCUCCUUUUUCUAGGGCAGAGGCUAAGGUCCAGAACAGUGACUCACUGAUCAAAGUAAUUUGGAGUCACUAUAGGACCUGCUUUUGAUUCUUCUCAGGAGAUUUGCCCUUCUUCUCAGAGCACAUCUAUAACAAUUUGGGGUUAUAGGUGAGAAUUUUAGGUUUGAAACUAGCCAGAAGCUAUUUGAAGCCUUUGGAAAAGAAGUGGGUUAUCAAGAGGGCAGAAAUGGUUUGGAAUUACAAAUGAGGUGCAGCUUGUAAAGCAGUCAGAGCCAUUUUUCUUGGGCGUUCAUAAACAAUGUCCAAAGAGAAGUUCCAGAGAUGUCUUAAGCAUUGUGGUCAUCAUUGAGAUGUAGGGAACCUCCUUGGUGACUACUUUGUUGGGGAACAUGACUCACCUGGAUGUAUGUAUUCUGGGCUCUGUGUGUGUAUGCACACACACGUGCAAGUGUAUGUUUAAAAAAACAUACAUCAAUCUCAUUAGUUUAUAUUCACACCACUUCGGUUCUAGGUCCUACCAGCAAUGUACACAUUCCAAGGGCUGCUGGAGGGCAUAUUAGUGCCCAAGAUAGAAGAGCUGGCACUGGUCUGCAGAGGACAGGGAGGGUGACCUUACUAAAUGCCCUUAGAGAAAACAUCAGUUACUGCCAUUUCAUGUAUUUCCUUUUUGAUCUUCGUAAAGAUUAUUGGAAGGCUAGUCCUGUUGCUAGUAGCAAAGACACUUAUUUUUCCACUUGCUACCUUUUUCUAUAUCUCCAAAAAUUUGAAAAACACUUUUUAGUUGGAACUGAAUUUUGUUUUUGGAAAAAGAAAAAUAUUUUUAAUAGAUAAAGAUAUAUUUUAAAUAUUUCCCCAAAUUAAAACUUUCAUUUUAAGAAAUUGCAUAGCAGUAGUAACAAGUUAUAGCUUCAGAUGCAGAAUGAAAAGCUACUUCUUGUAAGCAAAUAUUCCAAAUACUAGGUCCAGCUUCUGCCUUUUCCCCUUGUAUCUACUGUGAUGCCUAGAGUAGUAUUGACGGUUGUUUUCCAAACUUCUUGCUGAGCAGUAGUCUCUCCAAUUAGGCAGAGCAGUUUAAGUUAGAGAGGGAAGAGGCUUAGUCUUUAAUCUGCUUGGCUUUGAAGGAGGAAAAACCACUAAGGUAUUAUCUGUAUUUUAAAUGCUCCCCUUACUUAAUUUAACCCUUCUUCUUACUGAAAAUUUUACCUCCCUCAUUGCUUGAUUGUAAAGUUGGUCACUAAUGGAGUCGUUGGCAUGGAUUCUUUGGGGAAAGAGAAAGACAAGGAAGGAAAAUACAAUGAUGGGUGUGUGCUAGGAUGAGAGAGAAACUAUUUCACAAAACAUAUUUCUCACUAAUGAUUGGAGUCCAGUUCAUCAUAUCAAUUUCCCUUGUCCUAUUAACUUUGUGUUAAUGCAUUAAAAAGUUAAUUCUUCUUGGCUUAGGCUCGCUAGGAAAACCUUUCAUUAGUGGCUUCAUUUAUUACUUUUCAAAAAUUUAAUUUUUAAUUUUGCCUGGAGGAAGCACUGGUGAUGAAUGCCUUCUAUGUUUUUAUUUUUCCUAAAGGAAAAAUGCCCAUAGGAGAUUAAAGCUGUUUAAUUAAUUGCUGUCUGAUUAUAAAACCGAUGACUAAAACGGGAGGCUUUCACUGUGCUUGACUGAUGAAGUUGAUGACUGAAGGCUGUGCAACAUUUUCAUCCUUUCUGUUCCAUUUGACAGACAUUUCCUGAGCUUCAAACUCUUAUGCCAACCCUGUGCUGGGUCACAGAGAUAGAAAAAUGGAAAGGACAGUCCUUGCUCUUGAGGAGCUUGGAGUUUAAUGGGAUGUAUUUGAAUAUACAUGUGGCCGAAGAGUUUGCUAAUGUUCUAUUGAAAGGCCAUUUCUUUCAUAGCAGUGAUCUUGGAUGGUUCCAUUCAGGAGACUAUCCUACUUGGUGUCCCAGCACCCAGCAUGCUGCUUUGCACAUUUUAGAGACCCCAUCAGUAUUUGUGAAUUAGAUUGCAACACCAUUUUCCAUUUCUUAAAUGAUUUUACCAGGGAGAAUGAAUUUUCUCCCCCCAGUGAUUCCAGGAAACAACCUCUCUUCAGAAGCUGCUUUUAGCCUAAGCACUAGGAAGUGAGGCAGACUGUGGACCACUGAUGUGAUCAGAAGAGCCCCACACCUCAACUUUUAGCCACUGCCGAAACUUCUUCCUCAAUCAGACCUCUCCCCAGAGUUGGCAGCAACUUUGGAAUUCCUUUCUUUUUUCCUGUUUGGCUCUUCAUUGAGAUAGAAGGCCAGCAGGAAAGGAAAGAAAGAAAAAUCAAAGGCUGGAUUAUAAUCAUAGAAUAUUAGAGCUGGAAUGGGCAUGGAAAUAAUCCAAAUUAAACCUGCCCGCCCUCCUUUUUCAUUUUUAACAGAUGAGGAACUUGAGGUCCAGUGCCCUGUGUCCCAUUUUAUACUUUAGUUUUUUAAGAUCUGAAUAAUCAGUUCUGAAAGUUAGACACACACACACAAUUUGCUAAUGAAGGGGACACCUAAAUGAUUUUGAAGACUUUCAGUUUUAACAGCUUUUUUGACAUGAUUUUUUCUGUUAGAAUUAAAAUGUAUUUGUAUUCCCUAUAUACACACCCAGUUAGGGAAAACCACCAUACUGUGAGUCAUGUGAAUAUGAAAUCAUGGGAAGUGAUACAUUUUGGUUAGAAUAAUUGUCAGGUAACUACCAAGGCUUAAAACCUAGUCUUUCAUUUUUCUUUGAAAACCAGAAACUCGUUAGGAGAUGUAAAUCUUUCUCAGCCAGCUUUUUCCUUUUCACCCAUAGAGUGGUCUUUUGGCCUGGUUUUUAGGGGUGAGAGUAGCUGGUUAUGAAUUCUUGCAACUCAAUGAGAAAGCAGAUCUGCUUUUUUUGGAGGGGGAGGGGACAGAUGUAUAGAUUUUUCCUCCGAAGAUGAUCCAGAAAUGCAUUUCUACAUGAUUGUUAUCCACUGUAGCUUUCUGAGAGACUGAUCAAACUGGAUGAAGGAAAAAGUGCCAAGACUGAAAGUGCACAUUGUCCCAUGUACUAUUUUUUUCUUGCUAAGAAAAAAUUUUACUCUGCUUUGUGAGUAAAUACGUCCUUAAUUGUCUUGCUAGUCAGGGAGCAACUUUUACUAGCCUUUCUGGUGUGGGGAGGCAACCCUUGACUAUGGGCAGGCUCCCUCCCUACCUUUUCUGGUGUAUUCAGUUAAGAAAUAGUUGGACAAAGCAACGGCAAGCAAGACUGGUUCAUCUUCCUUUCCUCUCACUCGAUAAGGGGUCAAAACAGGCAUUGUACUCCUCAAAUAUCAAGCUGCUGGCACUCAAGAGUAGCCCUGGGCCCUGGCUCUGGGUUAGUAUGGCAGCAGACUCUCCCCUUGUUGGCACCGCUCCCCCUCCCCCCAUCUCACACUGUGCCACCAAUGGGAACAGGGCUUCUCCCUCAGUGGGUUCAAGUUUGCAUCAAACAUAACAUCACCAACCCUUAACCUCCACUAGAGCACUUAAAAUCCUGAUGAGAAUAGAUACUAUGCAAGGGAAAAAUCAAUUGCCAACUAAUGGACUUUUUUUUUCUUUUGCCUGAUUUGCUGUCUACUCUCAACCCUCUGUACAAACACAGUUGUCCUUAGGGCCUUUCCCCUCCUGCCUAGAAAUAGAAAAUGUGUUGCAUUUUGGUUUUAUUCAACCUGUUGUCUGCAUUAGAAUCUGAGAAGGGGCUUGGAUCCUUUGAACUGCCACUGCUGGCUGCCUCCUCUACUACUCAUUAUAAACAGAUUUUCACAAAGACAGAGAACUCAGAACAGGGCAUUCCCUGUCGGGGAUGCUUCUCCCAACAACAGAAUGGCAUGGAAUCAAGUGAGAUGAUGUGUUAUUUAUUUAAACAGUACCAAAGUGCAUUCUUCAAUGUAUGUUUGCCUGCUUGAGGGGAGGCCCAAGUUGAGAAUACAGUAAAACAAACUCAUGAAA